UCACAUUGAUAUACCCGGAACAAGGGAGUGUACAGUUAAAGCUAACAACAAAAUGGUGGCAUUUCACAGUUUGGGUGUUAAGUGUUGUCGUGUUCUGUGAAGGGGCCAACACCAUGGCAAGUAACAGAUCCGUACGGCGUGCACAGGAACCUGUCACCUACACGUGUGAUUUGUGUGACAGUGAAGACGGGGUAAGAUGGUAUUGUAACGAUUGUCAGGAGAAUUUAUGUGACCGGUGUAAGGAAACCCAUACACGCGGAAGGAAAACUAAAAACGAUGACGUCGUGUCGAUCGGGGAGGCUAACCGUCAGGACCACUUACCUGUGCCAGAGGUAUGUAAACGCCAUCCCGGUAAACUGUGUGAUUUUUUCUGCUCGGACUGCAACGAGUUGAUUUCUUCGACAUGUUUUUCUAAACGUCAUGAUCAGCACAACUGGAAACUUUUUGAAGACGAACUGUCUGUCAAAAAGGGACAUUUUAAGGAACAUAUGACAACGAUAACUGAUAAAAUAGCACAUUUCAAGAACGACACGUCAGAGCGACAUCGCGUGAACAAAACAUUCAAAGACAACAUUGAUACAACGAGGAAAGAGGUAAACUCACAGAGGACUAAGUUAAAGGCAGAAGUAGAUUAUGUCGCGGAAGCAGUCCUGGCCGAGUUAGCAUCUUUAGAAAAAGAAGAAUCACUGCUGUACAAGAAAGAUAUUCAACGAUCGGAGAAAAAUGUCGAAGAGCUGACGCGUCUGCUUGAAAAGGCGGAACUGACAGAUACAUCUAGUGUAUCCAUAUUUGAAACGGAAAUAUUAUUGAGGACAACUCUGCCUCUGUAUGACGUUAAGGUGAAACAUGUCUCACCAAAACAACCAAGCUUUGUUCUCGGAAAUAUCAACCGCAUCCUGUUGACGAAAAUGUUAGGUGAAUUACACCACGGGGACCAGUACGAGAAGACAGACAUCGACAGUAAACACGUUCAGCGUCUCUCUAAGUUUACUGUUUCGCAACAAAAUCAAAUAUUGGAUAUAAGUCAAGUCGACGACAGUCACGCGUGGUUAUCAAUACACGAAUACCAGGGUCUGGUACUGAUCAACAGGGAGGGUGUGGUCAAAGAGGCAGUAAAACUUGACUUUUGUCCGCACAGAAUCACCAUGGUCGAGACAACAGACAUACUUAUGACCAGUAACCCAGUAAAUACAUUUGUAUAUAAACUAUCACUACCUAACAAACAAGUGACAACAUUUGCUGACAUCAGACCACAUAGAGCAUACGACAUCAGUAUCAACGAGAAGGAUGAGGUGUUAGUUAGUACAAACACACCAGACAUAGUGGUACUGAAUCAUGCAGGUACGAUUGUGAGGAAGGUACCGUGUGGAAUGGAUGGGCGGUGUAUUACAUGUUUGUCGUCAGGAGACAUUGCAGUGUCGGACUUAAAUAAUGUAUCAAUCGUACCAGACAGUUCUGGUACAACCAAAUAUAAAUGGACUGGUGAACUCAACAACGGUCAAAAAGUUGGUAGUAGGGACAUAUGUACGAUGCCACGUGACAAGUACGACAGACUGUUUGUACCAAAUGUCACUAACAGUCAGAUGUAUGUCCUACCGAGAGAUAGUACACAGGCCUCGUGUCUCCUGGAUCAGAAACGUGGAGUGACCAAACCUACAUCGGUGGGUGUGGACACAUGUGGGAAAGUGUGGAUCGGAUGUGUGGACGGUACCGUACACGUGAUCCGACUGUAA